AUGGCAGAUUCAAGUAGCGAAACUGGGUCCUCUCUCAAAAAUGAAGCUGAGGUAGACUCAAACGAGGAACAGGAUGUCGUGGAAGAGGAAGUUGACCAACAAAGCGACGCCGAAGACGAGACAAAUUCCCAGGCGGAAAGUGAGGGUUCAGAAGAGACACAUCCGCCUUCGCGUUCCCGUGAACAGCGCACUAUUAUAAUGAUAUGUCUCCCAAGUCUUAGUACAGAAUUCCCUGUCUUGCAAACCAACAGCAGCUUGGAGAGGGUUGCGAAAAUAUAUACUUUUCCGCUGCAGCCGAGAAGAUUCCUGGGCGAAAAGGGGUCAGUGGAGAAUUUGGAUGAUAUAGUAGAAGAAUUAUUGGCAUUUGUUCAUGUCAGCGCAGGAAUUGUCGAUGUCACCUUAUCUGAGAUCUCUAUCAUAUUCACGGCAUCUGAUCUCAGCGGAAUCUUCGUUAAAAAGGCAUCGACAGACGUUAAGUAUCGACCAAUAUUCGAACAGACCUCGCUUUUGUUCUUUUUUGGGACCCCCCAUCACGCUUCUGAGGUGUCUAGUUGGGAGGAGACGAUAUUGAGAAUCGUCGAAGACACCUACCGAGGAUUACGAGGACCGUGGUUUCCGGACCGCAUACACCAAUUGUCACGUUAUAUUGAGCGGCUCCGGCUAGACUUUAACGGCAUUUUGGACCAUUUUAAUAUUAUCAAUUAUUUCCAAGAUAUGCCCGAGUCUAGUCCCGAAGUUUUGACCGUCCACAAGUCCUGCACAGAGCUUCAAGGAUUCAAUGUUACGAACAUCGGAGUCAACGCAACGCAUUAUGAGCUUCAUUGUUUCAUCUCUGAGACUGCUGGAGAAGACUUCAUCGUUGACCGAGUCUGCAAUGCUCCAAUAUAUUUGGAUGAAGAUUUCCGUCAAUUCGUUGAAUGGCUAUCUUUGGAAUCUGACGGAAUGGAAACGAGCUUUCAAAUCUCGGAAAGCCUUCAUAAUCUUGCGAAUUCUAUCGUUCAUUCGGUAGAGUUGGGAGACUUCGUCCGUAAUGGGCGACCGCAGGCCAUUCUGUUAGAACUUGGCGUUGAAGUCGACGGAAGAGAUUUCCUGUCUUGCUUCCGUGACGAGAUUCGCCAAGCUUUACCACCAUAUCCUGGCUCCGUCAUUGCAUGCACCCUCAUCACUGCUGCCCAGCCCUCUUCCUUAACCGAAACCGGGCUGUUAUCAUCCUGUCUUAUCCAGCUACUCAGGCAACGCCCGAAGCUGUCUAGUUGGCUUAGAGUGAUCAAUGAGCGGCUGACGUACGCUUUACGUGUCCGAAAUACUGAGUUGAAGAUCCGAACCCUCUGGGAAUGUUUAAGACUCGUAUUUACCCAUACGUCUCAUAUCCAAGGUUUCUGGCUCAUUCACACCACUGGCGGUUCUGAUCAAUACGAACUUAUCCUCAGGAUAAUAAAACGAUUGCAGUAUUUUGAUGAGUUAGAUGAGAUCUCCUGGAAGGUCAUCAUCGUAAAUGACUCGGCUUUUAACAUCGACUUACCCUCGUCUAAAUCGCUUUCUAAAGCUAGACUAGAUCACGGUACCAUAAUAUCGUCCAUCGAAAAGGAUGUUACAGCGCGACUAGAUUCAAUCAUGAAGAUGAGGUCAUUAGCCCCGAGCUUUAAGGGGAAAGCCUUGCGGCUAUUUCGCACCUAUCCCUCAAGCCAGAAAGUAUUAGGGUUCUUCAUGGAUGCCUUGCAAAGCGUUAACCCACCGAUCCCGGAGGUUUUAGCUGAUCUUACGGAUUCAUUCCCUUCGAUGGAUAUGGCAUUUCGCGCAAUCCUGGACCGCGUUCCGAAGCACUACCACGCUUGGGUUCGCAAAAUUAUGGGAUUCUUGUCCUUUUCCUGUAGAAAUUUGUCACUGGAUGAGCUUGCAGUUGCCAUAGUCGCGAAAGAAUGCAAAAAUUUCGAACAACUACGAGAGAAUAUCAAUGGUAGGAUUGGGGAAUAUAUCCAAGAACUUCUUCCAGGAAUCAUACGCAUCUCGUCGGAGGGUAUCUUCCUAACCCACGACAACCUGAAGUCAUUUCUUCAGCGAAGCCCACAUGAUGCUUGGUACCAUAUCAAGGAUUUUCACUUAGAAUUCACGACUACUAGCUACAACUAUCUCUCUCUUCUCCUAGACCAACCUGUUGAUACCAUCUCAAAGUCGCUAAAAUCAACGGUUGAAUGGAUGCGCCGUGCUAGGGCCGCCCCUGGAAAUGUUCGAGAGAACUAUGUUGCGAGUCGUGGUGCUGUGGAGGGUCGACACUUCGGAUUUGCUCUGUAUGCUGCUCAAUAUUGGUAUGACCAUUACUUGUCUGCCAAUGAUACCACCGCGAGCGAGCUUCCUAAGGCUUGGUUGACCAACCCAGAUCGUUUGAAAGAGAUAAUCGCCCUACGGUAUCACAGUUUGUGUCGAUUCAACCAAGACUUCUGUGCUCCCAAGGAAUUCAUGCCACUUUCUGCGAAAGAAGAGCUCAAUAUGAGCGAGUCCGAAUCAUUAAGCCUGACGAUGCAAUUAAUCGACCGGGAGCCAAGUAAUAAGUACAUCGACAUCAUGUAUCCUCCUGAUUCCGCAGCGACUGGAGUUGCGCGUAACUGGAUUGCUUCUAAUUUUCCGCCACUGUCUAUAUCAGACAUAAUUGCAUGUUACCCUCACGAAAUAGAGAGGCUUUUUCAACUUGAGGAAAAUGCCAUACGCGCGAACUUAUCCGACAUACUCGUUUCGCUUGUUGUAAACAACGACCGUUCUCUUCUCAUCAAUUUCCUCAAGAAGGUCGGCGAAGUGGGAGAGCUGGCAUCCAAGGCGUUAAGAUACGCAGUUGGCUUGAAUUUGGAGCAUAUCGCAAAAGCACUCUUCGAAUACUUAGAAAUUACCCAGAAGGGGUUCUGGUUUAAACUGGAUAUCCUGGAAAUCUUGUCUAGCGCUAUAGCGACUGGUAAUGGGGAUAUGGUCCAACUACUCCUAGACUCUGGCGCCAACGUCAAUUCAAAGGGCAUAGAGCAUUAUACGGACGACAACGCCACUCCGCUUCUACUCGCCUGCGAAUUUGGUUUCAUCAAUAUUGUACGAUUACUACUCAAUGCAGGUGCAAAAGUUGACCUGACUUCUGCGAGUGAGAGAACUGCAUUGCACGUUGCAAGUGCACGCGGGUUCCCUUCUAUCAGCGAGUUGUUAAUCAAGCACAGAGCAACUAUCAAAUUAGAUGUACUGAGAUUAUCGCCGCUACAUAAUGCGGCAAGAUUUUCCAGGAUUCAACGGCAUAAGAGGGUAGCUACUAUGAUAAUUCAAGCUCUCAAGGAUCGAUGGCCGCGUUAUAAAGAGAGCGGCACUCAAAACGCUGAGGACAUGUCAAGAAUCAUCAGUGCGCGUGCCGGGAAGAAGAUGAAGGCUGCUCUGAAUUAUGCGGCUGUGGCUGGCAACGUAGACUUGGUGGAAUCUUUGAUUGACCUUGGGGCGGAUGUAGAUGUUAUCGAGAGCGAUGGUCACACUGCUUUAUGCAGAGUUGCGAUGCUGAACAACGCGGACAUGGUCCGUUGUUUGUUAGACAAUGGCGCCAAGGUUGACUAUUCUCGCAAGGACGGCAGACAACCCUUACACGAUGCUUGUGCUUGGGGUGCUUCAAAGGCGAUCGAGCUAUUGCUUGAGAGAAACGCAGUUGCUGACCAGCUGGACAGAGAUAAAAUGCCCCCUAUAUCAGUGGCUGCUACGUGGGGUUUACUUCGCGGAAUAAGGCAAAUGAUUCCACAUAGUUCUAAGAGCAGCAUAUCACGGGCAUUGAUCUACGCGGCACGGUACGGUUAUCACGAGAUAGUAACCGCUCUGCUCGAUGCCGGAGCUGAUAUCAACCACCAAGACGCUUUUGGAAAUACACCCUUACAGUUCUCCUGCUUCAAUUCAAAUUCGAGAGUAACUCAGAUUUUACUCGCCCGGAUACCAGACAUCAACCUUCAGGAUAAUGAUAAGUUUACCGCGACCAUAGAUGCAGCAAGGAGAGGCGAACUUGAGUGUCUGAAGUUGCUCUUAGACGCCGGUGCAGAUACGGAGGUGGAAGCAGGAUCUGGCAAGAGAGCUUUAAUACGCGCAGCAGAUGUUGAUGAGGACUGUUUCCGCCUUCUCCUGGAGCGUGGAGCAGAGAAGGUCAUACCCGAGUCUUAUCAAACGCCCCCGGCUUUCACCUUCAAAAGCGGGCUAUCCUUCCUCGGCGGUCUUGCUUACGGAUUCAAAGUCGGCGCGGUGAAGGUUUACCUAGAAUAUCUAAAGCCCCGAAUCAGCGAAGAAGCUUUUGCUGUAGAAAUCAACGAGGCACUUGCUGUAGCCGCGUAUGGCCCAAAAGUCGAUACUGUACAGCUUUUACUCGAGUAUGGCGCGGAUCCGAACGCUAUUAACCCCAGGUUUGACCAUAAACACGGUUCCGCCCUUGGUAUUGCCAUUGCAUACGAUAACAUAGAUGUUGUGGAAAUCCUUUUAGAUAACAAAUUCACGCCUGUCGAUGUCAACAAGGUUGACGAUUAUCGCAAUACGCCCCUCCACAUCGCGCUGGAUUGGGGCGUUACAAGUAUCUUAGGCCGGAUGAUAGACUUAUUGAUAGCUCAUGGCGCUGAUCCUACCAUCUCGAGCGGUACCUAUGGUACGGUUCUAAACGCAACUUGCGAGACUGGAGACGAUGAUAUCGUACACAAGAUACUAAGUUAUCCCGGGGUCUCUCUAGACAUCCCAGACGACUUAGGGCGACUACCUCUCCACCUCGCAGCAGCACGCAGAUCAUAUCAGCCGUCGCGGUUUGAAAUGCUAAUAACGGAAAAGUCCACGGCUAAGAGCACCGAUAAGCAAGGACGUAAUGCCCUUCAUCACACUGCUACGAGUGGGUCAAUGGAAUUACUGGAGAAACUUGUGACCGAAUAUCCCGAAUUAAUCGACGUCCCCGAUCGCGACGGCUGGACGCCGCUUCAUUGGGCGUGUCGGCAAAUCAAUGGGGCGAUCACAGAAUACUUAAUCGACCACGGGGCAAACAAGCAGCCGAGGACACAUGAUAGGUGGACGCCUUUGCGCGUCGCUAUAUACCAUGAUCAACCAGCUCAGAUCGAGCAUCUACCGGAAGAAGACGACGGGAGCGAUGACGACAAUAUACCUUCCCAGGCGGCAGAUAAGGUUACUGAGGAUUAUUGUGACUCGUGCUUUUGCCAAAUAUACGGGACGGGGUACCGUUGCGGUACGUGCCCCAAGUACUGGUUCUGCUUCAAGUGCUACUGGCACGUCGAGGAGACUCACCCCGACCAUGUGUUUCUGAGGUUCGAUCAGGAAUCGCAUGAUAUAGGAACACCCCCGAUUAGCGGAUCUGAGAAGGAAGAUACGUGA